AUGUGUAUCAUUCUCACAGGAGACGAGGAAUUCGAGUGGUCAAAGGAAUCGUUCUUUCAAGAUCUAGAUCUGUUCAUCCAAGAGAUGGACAAGACUGGUGACAUUGUCAUGAAACAAAGGGAAAGCUUUAUUCUGCAAGUCAUUCUUCCGCAUCUUGAAAAAUCCUGGGAUAAAAGUGUUUCCAGUAAAGGAGAAGUUUACAAGAAUCUGGCAAAGAUUAGCCGCAGCGCAAACAGCGGGAUUGUCGUUAGAAACUGCCUAGAUCUCCUCCUUCACCUGAUCUGCAGAGACAAUUUUGAUAGGGGCGCAGAAAGCUUGUUGAUUGUAGAAAAAGUAAUGAGGUUUUCGAUUUUCUCACAAAACGGGAUGUUUAAAAACGACGAACAUGGGGAACAAAACCUCAAACUUUUCGUGUAUAGCCGUAUUUUGUCCUUGCUUUUGUUGCACCAAGAAAGGGCAGUUACCUUGCCAAUCGAUGAUCUGAAAAACGUUCAAGAGGUUAUAAAGCAACGGCGCAAAGAGGUUAAAAAGAAGGAUAAAUUUCGCUACUCAUUGGAAAUAAUUAUUGAUACAAUUUCGUAUCUCUUAAAACAACACGACAAUACAAUAACAGGUACAAUAGUAAGGGGCUUUGAAGAAUGCCAACAAUUCUGUAAAAGUUCAAACAUGGAAGCAAGGAAUUUGCAGAUCCUUCAAACACUUGGACGUGGCGUGGACCUGCACUACAUCUUAAUUCAUCUCUAUGGAAAGGUUUGUGAGUUAUUUUAUAUAAAGUAAGUCGAGAAAAAACUUAAACUUCAAUAAAACCUGAAUAGAGUAACUUCACUCUUUCUUGCAAGAUGCAAGAAACUAGAAGUGCUUUCGGCUACGUUUCUAGUAUGUUAGUUUUGAAAACGUACGUUUAGUCAAGCUUUCCAAGCUUUCUGCGUGCACUGAUCCAUUAUUCUAUAUUUGCAAGCCCAGCGUCAAUUAGACCACAAAAAAAUGGCCCUUACAUAGUACGGUCUAUUUCUUUUAGGUGCACAGCGAGCGUCCUGUCCCACAAUUGGAGACCGAAAGACUAGCUAUGAAGCUCAUAAGAUUGAUUGUUGAAGCUUACUUUAACAGAGAUGGUGGAGCCCAAGAGCGGUGGAAGUUUUGCUUGCUAGCGUCGUCAAUCCUUGCAGAUAUCACCCAAAACAACGUUACGAAAGGUAAACUCUUGACAUUAAAGUUGUUUACUGCAGAUGAAUAUUUAUGAAGGAAUUUUGUGUGCGAAUCUCGUCAUACGAAUUUCCAAACAAUAUUUGUUUGACAUUUUAUCAAGUUACUGUGAAUGUUAUCAUCUCAGCCAAUAUAUCAGGAUUCAAUUGAACGGUUACAGAAACUGCUCACUUGUCCGGUUUUAAAUAAACUUUUUCUUAAUCACGAUGUCUCGAGUUAAGAACGGGGGGCGGGGGGGAGGAAUAGGCACGAAUCAACGAGGAAAUGUACUGACUAGUAUCAAUCCUUCUUUGCGAGCAACGAUACUAGAAUGUAAGAAGCUCAAUAAUUUUUGUUUUUGUCGUUGUUUUGUUAUUUUAUGUUUGGGAAGAAUUAAGAACAGAAGCUGGUGGCUGUCUAGCAAACAUCCUUAGGAAUGAAAAAGUGCAGAAAAGACCUGAAUGCAGAUUGUUAGUGGAGCAGAUGUGUUCAGAGGUCCUUUUCUGCCCUGACAACGAAACUAGAACGUUUCUGCUUCACUUUUCCAACAAGAACAAAAAUUUAGAGGACUCUCUUCCGGCAGACCAGCAGACCAAACAGUUAUGCUUGGCUUAUAGAACGCAGAGGUUGGAGAUAAACGCAACUACUAUCAGCAAAAAAACGGAUUCUUUUGUCAACCAUGGCGAGUUCCAGGGAAAAAAGGUACGGACUUAAGAUAAUGCCUAGUACAUACUACGAAGUAGUCACCUUCAUCAUCUUCAUUUGCAAAUCAAUUCAUGUUGACGAAUAAAAGAUCCACCUGGUCCGGACAAAUAGGUCGAUGUGCCAGUCAUUACUUACACCGUAAUUUUUAGGGAGUUAUUAUAACUCCAAAAAUGGAGUAAAAAUUUUAGGUACAGGAUAACCCCUUUUUUGGGGUUAUUUUAACUCCUAAUUUAACUCCGAAUUUGGGGUCAUUUUUACUCCUGAAAAAGAGUUCUUUUUACUCCCACUCUGGAGUUAAAAUUACUCCGAAAUGGGGUUAUUUGUACUCCUUACAUGGGUUGUUUUUACUCUUUUUGGAGUUAAUUUAACUCUGAAAGUGGAGUAAAAAUUUUAGGUACAGGAUAACUCCGUUUUUGGGGUUAUUUUAACUCCUCAAUAUCUGGGGUCACUUUUACUCCUGAAAAAGAGUUCUUUAAACUCCUUUUUGGAGUUAAAGUAACUCCACGAAAAAUAACUCCACUGUAAGGAGUUAAAUUAGCCCCACUAGAGGAGUUAUUAUAACUCCCUGAAAAUUACAGUGUAUCUGUGUAUAUUGUAUAUAGAAAAUCUAUUGGGAUAUUGCAAGACAAGCUAAAAAAGACGUGUAACUCAUCAUGAAAUAAACAUGUGUCGCAAAACUUUAAGAUCGUUGGAAAAAGUAAAACUUGCGUGCUACAUUGUGCAAGGCUUUCCGUGUGACACGUUGUUGGGAGGCAUUCUUACUUCAUGGUGUGCAGCUGCCAUGGCGAAAAAUCUGCGAGAGAACGCCGAUUUGCCGAACGAAGCAAUGCUUAAUGUACCCGAAUAAACGCUUAUGGUUAAUCUCAGCCGUUCAAGUUUAAAGUACCCGGACUGGUCCAUAGGGAUUUUGCAAUUUUUUAAGUAUAUUAUAUUUUGCUGUAGGUAGCCAUCAAAGUCCUGAAUGUAAAAAAGAAGCAUCUUUUGGAAGAUAAUCCUGAAUUUAAGGCCAGAGAGCGACUUAUCCAAGAAGCCUACAACAUGAGGCGACUAAAUGCAUCUAAGCACUCAAACUUCCCUGUUCUACUUGCCUACGACACUCAAAGUUUGCCCUACCAUGUAAUCACCGAAUUUGAAAGAUUUGGAAACCUGUUGAAGUUUGUUCAAAACUCUAGGGAAGACCACCGAUUAACGCUUCGAUCAAACCAGCUUCUUUUGAUGCUGAAGGACAUAACGGAUGCCUUAUUACACUUGGAAAAAUUGGGAUUGGUACAUCGCGCCAUCAUGGCUGAAAAUGUUCUCGUUGGGGACAACUAUGUCUGCAAAUUAAGUGGUCUGCAUGCCAUGGAAGAGCUUACUGGCUUAGGUAAACUUAACGAACUUUGAAAAUUAACUGUUUUGUCCAACGAGUAACUAAUUGUUUAGACAGAAAAUACUCGCAUACUCGGUUAUAUUUAUAACUUGAAAAAACUUUAUAACGAGCAGGACUCUUCUAAAGUGAUUUUUGCUGCCAAACCUUAUUCCUGUUCCAUCAACAGUGACCAAACUUUUAUCUGUUAACUCUUCAUAGAUACUUUUGACGGUUAUUGCUCGGCUGAUCUUCCGGACUUUGUAAACUUAUCCAACGACGACGAUCUCCCAAUUAGGUGGAAAGCACCUGAAUGCUUAACUGAUGGUCGCUACUCCACCGCCUCUGAUGUUUGGGCCUUCGGAGUGCUUACGUACGAGGUGCUAACAUUUGGGUGCACCCCAUUCAGAAACUUAUCAACAGAUGAGGACGUUCGUAAUCGCGUGAGUCUGUUACAUAUAGACUUAAAAUUUCUAUAUCUCUUAAUUGCUCAUGUUGGCGGGAAAAAAACUGGCCAAAUGAAAUCGUCGAAGUAUUGUCAAGAGAUAGUAACUGCUCAUAUUUGAUGCCCGAAUUUUGCCUUAAGUUACACUGAUUUCAUUACUCUGGGGAGACUCUCAAGUUAGUUCCAGGCGUCUUGAAUUUAAGGAGAUCGCCGCCUUACAUCUACUCAAUUUGUACGAUCAUCUGACUAUUUAGUGUAACGAACAUUUUUUUUCAAAAGUAAGACUGUAGUAGAUGCGACCAGCUAUGAAUGGACGCAUUAACGGGAUGGCAGUGUACCUUGUUUUGGAAAGGGAUACGAAACAAUAGAAACGUUCACGUGAUGUGUUGCUUUAAGGGAGUAAUCUUCAGUUGUUUUUCUUAUAAGGUUGUUGAGUUUCAAGAAAUCGUGCAAAAAGAAGAGUGUUUCCAAGAUAAAGAAUUUGAGCUGAUAAAAAAGUGUUGUGAAUGGCAGAUGAUCAAGCGUCUCAAUUUAUCUGACGUGAGAGAAAGGCUCGAGGAAAUGAACCAUCUUUAUACUGGUACAAUACGUGCUCUGUUCUGUUUUUAUAUAAUAUAUAUGUAUAUAUAUUUAUAUUUGUAUUUGCUUUUUGUUUUUUGUUUCAGGAGCCUAUAUUCAUUUGUGUUUGUUUCUGCUCUUCUUUCAAUGCUAUUAGUCUGAUUUAAACCACCCAGAAAUAAAGGAAUAUCUCGCUAUGUUGGUUUAUUCGGCCCAAGCUGUCAGUAACGAAGCUUCAUAUUUUGUUAAAUGUUUUAGGGCGAAGAUAAAUUGAAAAACUUUCAGGACGCAUCUUAAUCUUAAUUAUUAUGAUGUUAUUAGUAGUAGUAGCAGUAGCAAUAGCAGUAGCAGUAGCAGUAGGAGUAGCAGUAGGAGGAGUAGGAGGAGUAGUAGCAGUAGCAGUGGCAGUAGCAGCAGCAGCAGCAGUAGUAGUAGUAGUAGUAUUGCUCCCUGGUCUAAAUCUCCUACACUUUCCUUGCUGACCCCAAAAGGGCACUUAUUAUUAUUAUUAUUAUUAUUAUUAUUAUUAUUAUUACUAUUAUUAUUAUUAUUAUUAUUAUUAUUAUUAUUAUUAGUCAUGGGAUGAACAGAGAGAGUUAAAAAAGUCAAAAGAGUCAAAAACACCUUUCUCACACAGGCGUUUCUAUUGUCGAAUUAACCCUUUGCCACUAAUAUGCUGUCUCUUAGGAAAUAGUGAGCCAAGGUCAGAUCUACCGCCCCUAGGAAUACAGCAAAUUGUGCGUGAAAGCUCCGUGAGUAAUUUACUUCCUUAUCCAUCCUUUACGUGAUUUAAAAGGGCAUCUGUUUUUUUUCCUGUGUUCUUUUCAGUUAGGCUCCAAGUUAAUUAGUGUAACUGUUAUUGUGUCAUACCCUUGACAAAGAUAGUCUUGGUUGAUUGAUUGACUUAGUGAGCACUAUAUAUGUGACUGACUAACAUUUCCAUUAAUCUUUAUUUUCCCCUCAUUAUCUCUACUGGAAAAGGAUUCUGACUACGAGGAAAUAUACGAUUCCAUAACCGGUAAGCUUCCGAUUGAUGGUACUUGUCUUACACGAAUUAAUCAUGUUUGAGCUAACGCUUUUUCCUUAAUCAAGAUAGAAACUCGGCUUUUCUGCACUUGCAAUGUUAAACGUGAAAGUCAGGCAGGGUUUUUAUGUAUGAUGCGUUCUUCCACUAGCUAUUUUCUCACGUUAUUUCUCGCCAAAAACUCGAUUGCUACUUGGCGAAGUGAGGUUGUAAUCAGUGGUUAUUGGUCUUAUUGGCAUUCAAUACGCGCACCUAGCCUUGCCUCUAGUGCAUUAGCCAUUACUAUCGCAGACAAGCUUACCAAGAUUAAAAGUAUCUGAUUUAGAAACACGAAGUGUAUUUACAGCAAACAUGUAACUGCUUUUAUUAUUUUUGUUUUCUUUGAAUGAAUUUCAUUAUCUCGGUCAAACGUUUGAAAAGCUAAAGCUGCAUGAUCAUCUAAAAAAAUGAAAACGAUUACAGCGUUAGGAAUUGUUCUGCGCGCGCCUUAUAGCUCUCCCGUUGUACUCAAUACUGUAUAAAAUUGUGCUCUUACUUCUUUUCAGAAGUCUCCGAGGAUUCCACAGAUUACGAUUCCUUGUCAUUUGAUAAAUAUGAUGGUGGGUUUCAAAGAGUCAAUUUCCGAUAAAUAAGAUCUGAAAAACGCAUUGGUCUUUAACACUCCACUAAUGGAAAAUUCAGUGGAUAGAGAAAGUCAUUGAUUGAUCUCCUUGUAAAAUCCCCAUGGUUUCUUCUCUCUUUCGGGCUCGUUUUCUUUUUUCUCUUCCUCGAUCUGUUUACUGUUUUAUAGAUACGAUUAUCUCUACUGGACAGAGUCACUUCUUAACGGUCCGGCAUUAUCCUCUUCAUUUUGCUAUCCUAUUUGCUGACAACGAAUCUGUUUUCUUUUUUUUUCGUUUAGAUACGUGUGACACUUUUGCAGCUGAUCCAGUAAAGGAAUAUAUUCAGGUAUAAAAUAUUGAAAUAAUUAGUAUUUUUACGAGUUGACGAGAAAACGAGUAAAAAUACCUAACGUUUUUACAUCUCUCAGAAAGGAAACGGAUUUUGAUUGGUCAGUUUAGGGAUCGAUUUGUAUUUGAUCAUAUUUCACUGUACGGAACGGUUAAUUCAAAAGUUUGUUUUGGCCCCAAACAGUGGCAGAAAAAUACUGCAAAGUUACUUGUUUAUGUAGUUCUGGACUAUGUUUUAAAACGAGUGUUUUUGAAGCUACUUUACAGUGUAAGCCAUGAUUUUGAGGUCGCUCCUGUUUAGCGCUCGAUAUUGAUAUAUGAUAUGAUAUGACGCGUAUGGAUCAUCAACUGCCGAUUCCCUUGUAGACUACGAGUAGUCCCCCAUUUUUCCUCAGGGAUAGUAGAGUGAGCGAAACGCGAGCGGGCGUAAAAAUCACCCCACGCGAGAAAAGGCGACACGCGGCGAGGAGAGAGAAAAAUGAGGGACUACAGACAAAGCCCAAGCUUUUGACCCUUUACGGCCGACUGAUUUUGGAGUGUGAAGUUCGUAUCCCCUUCCUAAUCAAUUAAGCGAAUCCAAUGGGAUUCCUUCCCUCAUUGAGCUGUCAUUGCUCUUGUCAUCGUUAAACUACGGGGGAUAUUUAUUGCAAGUAAAAGAAAACCCAGAUACUAAUUUUCUUCGUGAAGAACUUGAUAGUGUAGGCAACACACGACUUUUACUCAUGCUAAAAUGCUGCUUGUUCCAAUUUAUUUUUGUUUCCCAGACGGUUCAUGCUCUGAAGGAAAACGUUUUGACUGAGCAAAUGUUAUUUUUGCCGCUUAUUUCAUACUGAAAGGUCGUGACACGCAUAUUAAUUUUCUGCGGUUAUUGUUUAUGGUCUGCAUGAUUUGCCCUCUGAUGCAAGAGCAUUUUCUUUGACCUCUUUUGAAAAGUAAAGCUCUUCAAUGCGGCUAAAUAAGGGUUUUGGGUUGUUUAAUUUCUUCGGCGAUUGCCUCCUGGUUCUCAAUAAUUUUAAGCGAUUUUCUUUUUGGCCGUGAAUGUGACGGUUUCCUGCAAUGUUUUGUCACGCUGGGCCCAGCUCGUUCGCGUUUUUAGUAGGACGGAUAGUGAUAUCCAAAUCUCGAAGAAUGGAUUGCAACUUAAACUAAAACUACAUCAACUAUGGAGAACUGCGAUGUGACUCAGUCAUGACUACUCGUGAAUUUUAACUACCGGUUGUAUUUCUGGAGAUAAUGUGAGUCUUUGGACUGGAGUGCGUAGUUCUUCCCUUGGUGAUAACUUUUGAAAAAGCUUACAUUUGUAACAGCCUUGCGACUGUUCUGUUAUUCCCACUUUGUGAUCAAGCAAAACCAUUGUUUCGGUUCUCCACGAGAACCUCAUCAGUUGCCGGGUUGGCUUUCUUCUUAGUUGCUGCUACAAGAGCAACUCUAGUUAUUUGUUCUGUGCUGUUAUUUGUUCUGCUCUAGUUAUUUGUUCUGCAAAUUGUGAUUACGUAUGUCAAGCGUUGAUAGCGGCUGGCGCGUUUUUGACAGAUGUUGACAGAUUUCCAUGGAAGAGCAAAUCAGAGUUUUUCGUUGUGAGAGCAACGCAUUAGUUCAAAAGCUUGGGCUUUGUCUGUAGUCCCUCAUUUUUCUCUCUCCACGCCGCGUGUCGCCUUUUCUCGCGUGGGUGAUUUUCACGCGCGCCCGCGUUUCGCUCGCUCUACUAUCCCUGAGGAAAAAUGGGGACUACUCGUAGUCUAAUUCCCUUGAUUUCCUUUCAGUUUCUGAAACCCAGAGGUAUAAUUAAUAUCUUAUUGAGCUCGUUUUGAACCUCGACCAUUACUUUUCGCUCGGAAUUUCAGGGAAGCGCACGAGCUACAGAUCAUUAUAGAUCUUACAGUAGGUAACUCGAACUCGGUUGGUGAGAGGUAUCUAUUGUAUUAAAUUGUAAGCACUAACAACCCCUACACAACCAACAGUCCCUCUUUUACACAAUCUAAACGAAUUCAUGUGUACAGGGUUGCAAUAGACUGGUGCCUGAACACGUCGAGCAUGUGGAAAAGCUUAGGAGUCUCAAACACGUCAAUCUUGCACCAGUGUUGAAAGUUAUGCGCCAUGACUCACUGGAGUGCCCCAGUUGUAACCUUAAGGAGUACGCUCUCGACAGACGAUGUAAUCUGGAGGACAUGGUCAUGUUCCUGUCCCAGGUGGCGUCUGCUCUUCAUUAUCUUCAUGCUAACCACAUUCUACAUGGAGAUCUACGAGCUGAACACGUGAACGUAAAAGCACCAAACAAGGUACUUGCAACCGGUCAUAAAUUAGCAGUGCUUGCCAUCUUUUUUUUCCUGAAAAGAGGGGCACAAACACACCAGAUCGAGUUAAUGAUGACCAAUGAGUCGACUCUGUGUGGCUAGUUCAAUAACGUUUAAUUAGGUCAUGCGUUAUUUUAGUCUCGCAAUCAUCUAUGUCGCCUUUUUGGCUUUGAUGCAUUUAAUUUGAGGAUGUGAAUUGCUAACAAACAUUGUAGUUCAGACCUUGUCUUGUUUGAAUGUUGCCCAAUUUGUGGGUCUGGUUUUUAAAUUUUAAAAUGUUUGUUAUGUCCUGUAGCUCCGACGUCCCUUUGUUCAUUAACAGGAAUGGCAAAUUACAGUUUCAAUUGGCAUUUGUUAACUCCCAGCACCAGUCUGCUGUAGCUUAGAGGUAGAGCAUCUAGACUAGUUCGUCUCCUUUGGUAAAUCUUACUGAAAAAAAAAAUCAAGAUCAUGAUGUUUUAAUGUGCAAUACAUAUUUGAUGGCGUUCACAUCAUCGUCUUGAUUUUAGGUACAAGUUGGACAUCUUGAUCGAUCCAAGUAUCUUUCUAUGAAUGCUUAUGAAGCUACCAGCACAACGUGCGUAGUUGAGGCUACCCCGCCACCUGAUUCCAUUCGGUGGUAAGCAACCAUGACUUUAUGAUCAGGGAGCCAAAAUGAGCUAGUGUUUCUUGUCAAACGAAUGAAAGGGUGUUUUAUUCAAAACUGAGUUUUCCGACUGCGCGACUUGGAGGUUGGUUGAUAUCGAAUGAUUUAUCUUUUUUUUUUUUCAACUUCUUUAGAAAUUCAUAAUUCUUGUAAGGAGUCUAUUAAAUAUGUUCUUGCCGCUCAAUUUUAUUCCUGGCUCAAAUUCAGUAUUUUCCUCGUAUUAGGAAUAACAAAAGGACCAUUUGAAAUGAAAUUUCAGUCAAAGAUAAAGUUGAAUUACCACAAAUGCAAGAUAUAGUGCCUGCGUACGUAUCCAUAUGUAUGUCAUCGGGGUAUGUCAUUGCUUUACAAUCUUUGUAAAAGCUUAAAAAUGCAUUUUUCUAUAGGAGUGCACCAGAGGUGAUUUCAGAUGGACGCUUCACCCAUGCAAGUGAUGUAUGGGCAUUUGGCAUAUUGGCCUGGGAACUUUACGAAUCCUUCAGAACUGGUCAGGAAAACAGAGAGCUUUCGGUUCCUUACCACAGUCUUGACAAUAAUGAGGUAAAAGUUAACGUUCAUGUAUUUCUUUCAUCCUUUCUAUAUAUGGACUUGACAAGUUUAAAGCAAACUACUCGUUCCUCCACGGGCCUUUCUAAUUUUUGUAAAAUCUGUGGUGGCGUGGGAGAAGUAGAACGCGCUACUGGUAAAGAGACGAGCAAAGUUUCGUAUUGUUCCUUUCUCGUUUAUUGCAAGUUGAUUCAAUAGUUUUGUUUGCGUACUGCGAAUCAAACUGCGCAGUUUGUUUGCAUACGGAGAAAGGUCUUAACCAUCACUUAGUCUGACAAAGUCUGUAAAGAUGAAGUAUUGAGGCAUGUCGGUGAGGAGAGAGCCAUCAUAUCUGAUAUCAACAGAAGACAGAGAGUCUGGCUUGGUCAUACCCACCACAUGGUGAUCUUGUCCCAUCAACUAUUUAGGGAAGAAUAGUAGGAAAGAGACUACCUGGAAGACCUCGAGCGGGAAUGCUAGACAGAGUAAAGAAUGGCAGCCCUUACGUAGCAGUUAAGAGGCUCGCCUUAGAUCGAGAACUAUAAGAAAGGACCUGUCUGUGGGCAGAAUACACACACACACACACAACAGACACACACACAAACACUACGAAUAAGAGACAGCGGCUUGCUGCAUUCUUUCCUAAAGAUAUAUGUUGUAUUCUUAGUUUAACUUAGUGUUGCUACUAACUUACUAUCAUUAUAGAAAACGUACUGGAAUUCUUUCAAAGCUUUAACACUGGUAAUAGUCCUAAGGCUUCCAGUGUUAUUAAGUGGUUCCAUGACUGAGAUACAAAGAGAAAACUUUCAAACAAACUUUUAUAUAUACAAACUUUUUUGAAUACCUUGAGAUUCAACGUUUUAAGACAAACUCCUUUUUAUGUUACUACGUUUGAUGCGUGAGACUGUUUAAUAGUAACCGUUUCUAAUUGUUCUAUAACAUCAGAUUCUCAAUCAUAUGACAGACGAAGGACCAAUGGAGCAACCAGAAUUCUGCCCGGACUGGGUGUACAUUUUGAUGCAUCAGUGUUGGGCGUUCGAGUCCGUACAGAGGCCACCUUUCCUCGCCAUCUUUGAUUGCCUUACGAGCAGGUACCUGAAAAAUUACACUUUAUUCACGCAAAAGCUGUUAUUAGUGACUGAGCAAGUUAAAGAAGGGGAUGUUCUUCUCAUUAAGCUAUUGUACGCCCCAGGCUAAGCUCCAUGCAGAUUAGCCAAUUAUCUAGACCUUGCAUUCAAACGUUUUACGGACUGAAACAGUCGGAAUUUUGACACUAAAAGUUUUUUUUUGACUAGAUCUGCACAUGUAAUUGUUUUAUCAGCUUAGUUCAUACCAAGGUUAUUUGCCUUUAAGAAACCAAGUUUUUACUAACUGGCAUUUAGAGCGCCUGUCCUUCAUCAAAGCAAAUCGUACAGUAAAGCUAUAAAUCCGAAGCAUAAUUUGAAAGGCAAAAGAAACAUACAUGGCAACCUCGUUUCCAAGGUUCUCUCCUACCCGCCCUAUAAGGCCCUAUAGGGCGGGUAGGUGAGAACCCUGGGAACGAGGUUGCAUACAUGGCUUUUUCAUUAUUUAAAGGGAACCAAUGAAGUCCUGGAUGAUGAAAUGUUGGUUAAAAACGCACAGCGAAAGUGACUGGCCAGACUUAAACGUUUGUCAGACGGAAGAUUCCUCCCAUGUGUUGCCUGAAAAGUUCCACCCAUCCCCAAAGAACAUCGAAACGAUGUGUUCAGACGAAUAUUUCGGCAAGCACACUUACAAAUACGACAAAAAAGUUAACGAAUACUUUGGGGAGGGUGAGAGCUUAUACACAUAUGCAAGGUGUGACGUUGCAGCUAACUCUUCGGAAGAUACAUCGGGUUAUUUAUGUCCCAAAGAAUCGUGUGUUGAUGCUUUUAAGAGCAAGAAGCGUCCAGACGAGAGCAGAGAAGCGUUUCAUUUUUCAAAAACAAAGCGUGUCACAGUAUCCUCUAAAUUAAGGAAAGCAGAAGACGACAUCCCUGAGGACAGAAAAUACGAAAACGUGCAACAAAACGGCAAGGCAAUACCUCAUUACGCCCCAGCUGAAGAAAACCGGGACUAUCAAAAUAUGCCACUCAGUGUGGCACAAAACCACGUCGUACCAUCUAACCUCGAGAUAAACAAAGAGAAAUGUGAAGAGUACGAAUUUAUUUGGGACACUCCAGAAAAAUACGACCAGGAAGAUAAAGAGAAUAAGGAUUGCCAAGCCACAACGGCCCUUGAAGACAGCCCUCCAACAAUUCACAAAAGAAAGAGAAAUGCACCAUGUUUUAAAGCCAAGAGGCGGUUUAAAUGGCGACCAGAACACAGGGAACAUAUUUACGAAAACACAUUCGUAAAUUACCCGCUUAGAACAAGAAUAAUAAAUUUUCAAGACUCAUUUUGA